AUGGCGGACUUUGAGGAUCGAGUGUCGGAUGAGGAGAAGGGACGCAUAGCUGCUAAAUUCAUCACUCAUGCACCCCCAGGGGAGUUUAAUGAAGUAUUCAAUGAUGUCCGGCUACUACUUAACAAUGACAAUCUUCUCAGGGAAGGGGCAGCUCAUGCAUUUGCCCAGUAUAACAUGGAUCAGUUCACACUUGUGAAGAUAGAAGGCUAUGAAGAUCAGGUAUAUGCUAAAAUUAUAGAUGGACAACAGACUAUUAUUGCAUGUAUCGAAAGCCACCAGUUCCAGCCUAAAAAUUUUUGGAAUGGUCGCUGGAGGUCAGAGUGGAAAUUCACCAUCACACCACCUGCAGCCCAGGUAGUUGGAGCGCUCAAAAUUCAGGUCCACUAUUACGAAGAUGGCAGUGUUCAACUGGUUAGUCAUAAAGAUGUGCAAGAUUCACUAAGUGUGUUGAAUGAAGCCCAGACUGCCAAGGAGUUUAUUAAAAUCAUAGAGAGUGCAGAAAAUGAGUAUCAGACAGUGAUUAGUGAAAACUAUCAGACAAUGUCAGACACCACAUUCAAGGCCUUGCGCUGGCAGCUUCCUGUUACCCGCACCAAAAUCAACUGGAACAAGAUACUGAGCUAUAAGAUUGGCAAAGAAAUGCAGAAUGCUUAAAGGCCGACUGUGGGAUUCUUCAGUAGAUGGAAAGAAAAUGAUUCAACAUG